ACUUAUUCAAAUAAAACAUUUCCACUGGUUUUUUCAAUUGUCUGGCGCUCGUAAUCACAGAUAUACUAAUUAUAAUAAUUACAUCUACUUCACGUAGAAGAAAAAAAUUACACAGAAGAGGAGUCUACAAUUAUUUUUGAGUAUAUUCAAUUGCCUCCUAACCGACAUUGAAACCAAAUUUUAGUAGUUAAGUUUAGGAUCAAGUCAAUUGGUAGCAAGCGUAUCUGAAGUAUUUUUCCAUUAUCAGUUCGCAAAGAUAACAAUUGACCAAAUCUAAAAAAAUACACCUGCUGAUGAUAUGUCAGAGCCUGUGCAGUGUUGAAAGAGAGCUUGCGUUCGGUUUAAGAAAAUGUAUUUAUAAUGCUAAAUACGCCCGAAUGAACUGAAAAUGAUCGAUACAAAAUAAAAUCAAUUCAAAUACAAGGAUUUCGAAUUUAUUUUUCGAAGCCUCAAUGUUAGAGAAAGAAUCGUCAUCACUUCUUAUAUAAAAACGAUACUCAUUCGAUUUUAGUUCACAGAGAAAGUGAAUAUGAUUCAUGUCAAGCCGAUCAAAUGAUAAAUUAUAAUUGACAGAAACUCGUGGCUUCACAGGAUCGAACAAAAUCCAUCCUACAUACAGCUGUCGAUUUUGAUUCCUUGUUAUUUGCGAAAUUAAAUGGGAUGUUUGCUCUCUUAAACUAACAGUCAAGAAUUGCAAGAAUUAAAAGGAAAAGAUACCAACGAAGACUAAUCUCUACCUCACUAAAAAAGAAUCUUCUGGCAAAAAUAUAUGUUACGCAUAUCAUUCCUUUCAACCCAAAUGGAGAAUGAUUUCUAUGAUUCAACGGGACGUCCUUGGAAAGAAGCAAACUUUGAUCUUAAGUAUUUCUGGGCAGUGUUCGUUGCGCUGACAGCGCUAGCUACAACGUUUGCAAACGCGUUGGUUCUUCUUGCUGUAUGGAAAGAUCCUAAUAAGAAUUUGCAAAGAUCUCCGUCUAAUUUACUUAUCGCGAGUCAAGCGAUAGCUGAUUUCUUUGUAGGUUUGGUACAAGAGCCCUUGUGUGCCUGGUGGAUUUUAACGUUUUCUUCCAUAGCUGUUCACGCCAUCGAAGCCGUGAGUUCUCUGUUUUUAGUUUCUUCCGUUUUACACGCUGUGGCAUUGUCCUUCGAUCGAUACGUGGCUGUAGCGAGACCAUUACAGCAUAACGUUACUAUUACGAAGAGACGAGUCUUUCUAUGGAUUCUGGUUAUCUGGAUAAGCAGCAUCGUCUACAUGUCGUAUCGGACGAUCCUGAGAGAGCUCAACUACUCGAUCACGCUGAUUAAUAUUAUAUCUGGGGCUCACACUGUGCUUCCGUCAGUUAUCAGCGUCUUGUUCUAUAUUCGCCUUUACUGCAUGUUAAAAAAUCUUCGUAAGGGGGCAAGAGACCUUGACGAAUCAGGGAAAAUGGUCAUCAAUGCGUACCAAAGAGAACGCAAUAUGACAAAGGCCAUGGUGGUUGCACUGUGUUUGUUUUUAUUCUGUCUGACUCCCUGGUUUGUGUUCUACCAAGUCAUUGGUGCAUGUCCCACGUGCGAGGAACACGAAUCUUAUCAAAUGUACUUAUUUGCAAUAUUUUAUUACAUCUUUACCAUGAAAUCUUUGCUGAAUCCAUUCUUGUACGCGUGGCGCCUCCCAAAAUACAAAGCGGUCUUCAAAACUCUGUUAAAAACGGGAAGAAAUAACCAUCGACGAAUCGAAGUGAUAAACUUAUCGGAAACAAGCUGA